UCAUGUUUUAGAGUCGGGUAAAUAAAAGUUUCAAGAUUUGAAGUCUCUCUUAACAGCUUUUCAGCACAAAAACCAAUAUUUUAUUAUGACAGAACAUAUGAUAAAUGAAAUUUAAUUAAAACAUUUUUCGUUACAAAACUUUUCUUAUUUGUUUAACUAAAUUGUAAAUUAUUGCAUGUUAACACAAAAUGCGUUUUUAAUUUCAGCAAUUAUAAAUCAUGUUUCUUCGAAGUGCCGUAGUUAAAUUGGAGACUAAUCAUUUAGAAUAUCUAGAUGAAAAUCGAUUUGAAGUCCGCUAUGUUCUGGGAAAGAAUAGAGGAGUUUUUAAUAAAGAUUUUAUUAAAAAAAAUGAAAUUGUACUCGAAUAUAUUGGUGAACUAAUAUCAGACUCAAAAGAAAUGGAAAUGCGAGAAGAGAAGUAUGCUGAACAGUCCUUAGGCUGUUACGUGCUACAUUUUGUGUUUAAAGAGAAAAAAUAUUUUAUUGAUGCAACACAAGAAACAGAAUAUAAGGGACGUCUGUUAAAUCAUUCUUGUGAUCCAAAUUUAAAACAUAUUAUUCUCGCAACUAAUGAUGGUCCUCGAGUUUUUUUUAAGGCGACAAAUGAUAUUGUACCUAAUACAGAGCUUGUUUGGAAUUACGGAGAAAAACGUCAAAAUGUUCUAGAGAAUUUAAGUUGGUUAAAAAAAGGAAAAAGAAAUACAGAUUCACAGGAGAUAAAAGUAAACGAUUCUUGUGCGGCAGACAUCGAAAUUGAUGUAAAAAGAAAUAAGAGCUGUGAUAAAACUGGAGACACUUCAUGGAUGGAUUCGUUUAAUUCAUUUCACAGUCACAAUUUGCGAAGUCACUCAACACCGAUCAGUUGCUCCAAAGAUACGUCGAGUACGCAUACUAACAAAUCAAUUGAUUUAAAAGAAGUCUCAAUCGUCUUGGAGAAAUUGGAGGACUUGUCUCUAUCAAAAAAAGACUUGACUGAUUCUAUGUUCAAUAAUUCAAUUAAUUUAAAAGAAGUAAGAGUCGUGUUGGAGGAUGUGCUACAAAAUUCGAGUCCUGCUCCCAGUGGUGCGUCUGAAUUACUCGAUUUAUGUGGUAGUAGUUUUUUAAAUUCAACUACUUUUGAUGGAAACAAUGAAUUGGAACAUAAUGAAGAAAUUGAAGAAGCUGGUCCAACUCAACCUCGUAAUUCAAUUCACUCGGAAACUUUUAUUGUCCAUGGAAAAGAAGAAAAUGGAAUUAAAUUUUGUACUUCCGUCGAGCAUAACUCUUCGGUUGAAGAUCAAUCCGACAUAAUACCUAAAGAAGAAAUUGCUGUUUUAAUCCGCAUUGAGAACGACAAUCAAUGUAAUGAUAAAUCUGUUGUAAUUCAGACUCGCAUGCCAAAACCAACCGAUCUUGACAACGGAGAUUUAUCAGCUUAUUCUCCUAAGCAGAAUAUUUCGCCUGAUCGUCAAUCCAACAUUGCACCUGAAAACAAAAUUGCUGAUUUAAUCCUUGAUGAUAACAACAAUCAAUGUAAUAAUGAACCAGACGAAAUUAGCAUUCAUCUGUCACAACAAUCCAAGCUUGUUAUCACAGAAAAUGCACCUGAAAACAAAAUUGCUGAUUUAUUCCUUCAUAAUACCGACAAUCAAUGUAAUAAUGAACCAGACGAAAUUAACAUUCAUCUGCCACAACAAUCCGAGCUUGUUAUCACAGACAUUGCACCUGAAAACAAAAUUGCUGAUUUAAUCCUUGAUGAUAACGACAAUCAAUGUAAUAAUAAACCAGACGAAAUUAACAUUCAUCUGCCACAACAAUCCGAGCUUGUUAUCACAGAUUCUUCGACUCAUUGUUUUAAACAGAAUUCUUUCUCUGAUGGUCAAUCCCACGUAGUACCUGAAACGAAAAUUGAAAUUUUUUUGAAUAAUAAAGAAGUUAUCCAUCUUGACGAAAUGUUAGACCUGAGCAACUGUGAAUUUGUUUAUGGCGAUCAGAAUCUUGUAGAAUCCAUUGAUGAUGACUCUCAAGUACCGAAAAAUAAUACCGAGUUCAACCAAUUGAGUAAUUUCAAUUGUAUUCCCGUUAAAGUUCCUUCGCUUGCAGACGUUGCUGUAGGCAGUGCAAUAAAAUUCGUUAAUAUAGAUGAAACAAAUGGGUAUGAUACAUUAAGACCACCUAAUUCAGAUUCAUGUCAAUUUAAGAAACCUAAAAUUACCGAAAUGCUUGUAUUGAACUCCAAAAAAAGUAGUUCCUCAGCUUCUACAAUAAUCGGUAAAAGUGCGUCAACGGGAGAAAAUCAAGUGUCUUCUUUGGAAAAUCCUCAUGAUCAGGCAGAUUUAGAAGACAUAGCUGCAAUUGUAUUGAACUCAAAAGAAACUAGUUCCUCAGCUUCCACAAUCAUCGGUAAAAGUGCGUCAACGAGAGAAAAUCAAGUGUCCUCCUUGGAAAAUCCUAAUGAUCAGGCAGAUUUAGAUGACAUAGCUGGAUUUUCAGAUGAUGAUGAUGAUGACGACGACGACGAUGAUAUCUACGAUGCAGAUUACUUACCCGCGCGCGAUGAAUGUGAAGAAUCCGAGGAUGAAUCAAGCGAAUACGAAAAUGAUGAAAACACAUUGAACUCAACCAAGGAAAGUACAAGUGAAAAAUCUGUUUUAAAUGCCAAUAGUUUUUCUUCGUUAUACGCUUAUCCAGGAAAAUCAUCUGUACCAGCAUCUGAAUUGAAUGUUCCUGUAUCACUAGGUCCAACUGGAAAAGCAAAACAACACUUUUGUCUAUAUUGUAACACCAUGCAACUACAAAUUGCUCGCCAUUUGGAAAGAAAACAUCCAAACGAAUCUUUAGUUAAAAACUUCACCCGAUUUGAUGUACGUUCUGAGAAAAGACGCGAAGCCAUUGCUAUAAUAAGAAAAAAAGGUGACUUUAUGCACAACACGAGCCCCACAUUAAAUAAGGGUCAUGUUAUAGCAGUUCGCAGAUGCCAAGUUGGAAAGGAGAAAACAGCUGCUCAACUUGUGAACUGUCCAAGAUGCACCGGGUUUUAUGCGAUAAACAAUCUACGACACCAUUAUGCAAAUUGCACAAAAUCGAAUUCAGGCGGAACGAGAUCUGUAUUACAAAAUGCAGCCCAAAAACUCGGUCGAGUGCAUCAAGACGCGAGUCACAAAAUGAGACACGUUAUCUUACCUGUUCUGCGACAAAAUGACGAAAUUACUGAAGUCGUCAAGUACGAUAGGCUGAUCAUACUCUAUGGGAAUCUUCUUUCGGUGAAACACAAGUUACCUCAUCAGGAAGCCAUGAUUCGUGGAUUUUUAAGGCUACUUGGAAGGUUAGUUCUAGCUUUGAGAGAAAUAACAAAAAAACACCAAAGUGAUCACAAAAUCAGUGAGUUGGCUGACGCGUUCCAUCCGAAGCAUUUUAAUGACGUUUUGAAAGGAGUAAAUACAGUUGCUCGCUUCGAUGAGGAGACCCAAAAGUAUGCAUCUCCAAGUACAGCAUCUGCCCUAGGAACAGCGAUACGAAAAUGUAGUGAAAUAUUGAAGUGUGAAUAUAUUAUCCUGACUGACAAAGAGAAGAAAGGCCAAGUAGAAGAUUUUAUGGUGGUUUUUGUAACGAGAUUCGGUGUUUAUGUGAACAAGAAUGUGGCAGAAACUCAAAUCGAUAUGAAGAGGAAGAAGAAAAUCAUCCUACCGAAUGUUGAAGACAUCAAUACCCUGAUGGAUUAUUUAAUAAACGAACGCAACUGCACGUAUAAAUCUAUUCAACAAAACUUUUCUCUUGAUGCUUGGAGACAUUUGAGUGAAGUAAUUUUGAUCUAUCUUCUCGUCUUCAAUAGAAAAAGGCGAGGAGAAAUGCAAUACCUGGCUGUAGAAGAUUACGAUAAUCGCCAAGAAAUUGAUGAAAAUGAUGACGCAUACAAAAGAUUACAGGAAAAAGGAAAAAAAUCCGCAAAAGAGUAUAAUCGCUUCCUCAUCCGAGGGAAAUUGAAUCGACCAGUGCCCGUACUCGCCUGCAAAGAAUCAUUGCAAAGCAUGGAAAUUCUCAAACAGAACAGGAAAAAUGCAGGAGUUAACAGAAAAAAUCCUUAUUUUUUCGCUGUGCCCAGCAAAAAAGGAGCGAGAUUCAAAUCGUUGGAAGCUUGCGAACUAAUAAGGAAAUUUUCAUAUGCAUGUGGUGCUAAAAAUCCUGAAACUUUAAGAGGCACGUUACUUCGAAAACAAUUUGCAACAACUUGCGCAACUAAAUGCACCGAAAAACAAAUCUCUCACGUGGCCAAAUACAUGGGUCAUGAUUUAAAAAUCCAUCAUGAUUAUUAUGAGGUUGAUGAUGUGACCAAAGAUAUAGUAGGAAUGGCCGUUGUGUUAGAGAACGCACAAAAUCCUUCCUCAGGUAAAAAUGUGAAUAUCAAGAACAGUAAUUCUGCCAGUGAAUCCGCCUGCAAAUCUGCUACUAAAUCCGCUAAUGAUCCGCACAAACAAAAGAAGUCUAAAACAUCUCGAGAAGUUCAAUCUAAAAAAGUUGGAAAUAGAAAGAGGAAAGCCAGUGAAUCCGCCAGUGAAUCCGACAGUGAAUCCUACAGUGAAGCCGACAGUGAAGCCGCAAGUCAAUCUGUCAGUAAAUCCGCUCAUGAUAAAGUGAUCAAGCACGAAAGUAAGAAAUUUAAAGGUUCUCGAGAAGCUCAUUCUAACAGAGAUUCAAGUAAGAAGCAGAAAAUUGUGAGAAAUCGGUGGACCGAUGAAGAAAUAAAGGCAGUUUUAAAUGAAUUCGACUGCAAUAUCACAGCUGGAAAACUGCCAUCCUUAGGAGAUAUAUCGAAACUACAAGGACGAACAAAAUGCCUGGAAAAGAAAAAUCCAGCUUCAAUUAAGACUUGGAUUUAUAGUUACAUGAAUAAGAAGAAAAUGUUGUAAGAAAGUUAUUGAGAAAGUUUUUAUUUUUGUUACUAUUAACCAUCAAAUGGUUUUCAUAAUUACUUAUUUUAUUUAAAUCGUUUUGUAUUCUAUAAACAAAAACAAUUUUAUGCUUCUGUUAGGUCUUCCGUGCCUUUUAUA